CAGUAUCGUUCCUCCCGCCGCAAAGAUAAUGAGGUCGUCAUCAGUUUCCUCGCUAGUGUCAAUUGUUUGCAGUCUGCUGCUCCACUCUCGGUGGGGGACCUGCCAGCAAGUUCCGGCCGACGCCAACACCGCGUGCCUUGGCGUCACCUCCGGAACCAUCACUCAUCCAACGGAUUGCAGCAGGUACUUUGUGUGCUGGCAGAGCACCGGCGUUGCCGGCCAGUGCUCCCCCAACUUUGUGUUCAACCCACGGGUGAUGUUCUGCGUGCAUCAAAGUCAGUACCGGUGUCCGAUGGAGGUCACCACCAUUGGACCGGAAGUGACCAGCUCGAGCACGGUGGAAGCUACGGACGGGACCACUCCGGGACUGUGCGUGCAAACUCCGUGGGAGGCGCACUUUUGCUGGAACCACGCGUCGGAACUGAUCCGGAAUCCGGUCAACUGCACCCAGUACAUUGACUGCGAGCGGACUCCUCAGGCGAAUCGAGACUGUCCGCCGGGGAAGCUGUUCAGCUUGAGCUAUCAGGAUUGCUUUCCAGGGAACGAGAGGACGUGUCAGAUGGAACCGCUGGCGGAGGGCUUUUGUGACGGGAAACCAGCGGGGAGUUAUGCCCACCCCUACCUGUGUAAUCGCUUUGUGACCUGCUUCCGGGGAAUGCCAAGGUUGGACACUUGUCCGCCGGGUUAUGUGUUUGAUGAGGCGAGAUUGCGGUGUGUUCACGGGGAUGUGCUCGAUUGUUCGUCGUUGCUGGGGGGGAAUUGAUUUAAACUAAAUAAAGUGAGUUUAUUUUUUGUCC